AUGUCUCGAGUUGAAGAACUUUGGGAACAGUUGGUUCAUGCUGCUCUAAAGAGGGAAAGAACUGAUGCCGAAAUUGCUGAAAAUGUGUCGUCUAAAAGUAUAGAAAUUGAUGAAAUUUUAACAGUUGCAGAUGAAGUUCAAGACGAAGAUCCCACGAUUUCUCGAAUACUAUGUGAGCAUGCAUAUUCAUUAUCUCAUAAAUUGGACUCCAACAGCGACGGUGUUUUACAAUUCAAGACUGGGGUAAUGUCUGUCAUGAAGCAAAGGGUGGCUAAAAGGGAAGUUGGGAGUGUUGAUAGAAAGCAAGAAUUUGGUAUAUUACAAGAGUUCUAUGAGAGUUACAGAAAGAAGAAUAAUGUGGAUGAAUUAUGUGAAGAAGAAAUGCAGAAUCUUGAGUUGGAGAGUAAAGCUGUUGAGAAGGAAACGAUUUUUGGUAUCUUAAAGGUUUUAGAAACUGUACUUGAGCAAUUGUGUGAAGAAAUUUCUGAAAAGUAG